AUGACUUGGAUAAUAUCCUUUGCCGAACGAGUGCGACCAUUCCGGAUUUUUGGAACAAGUGAAUGGGCAAAAGAGAUAAAGAAAAACCCGCCAGUGGCCAUCCACAACCCAGGAUGUCAGGGUUACUGCAACACGUCUAGCUGCAGAGUGUACGCAGAGCUGGACAUCGUGCCUACCAAAGAACUGGCCAGAACCAGGACAAAGGAGACACGGCUGCCGAGCCUAUUGUCAUCGCAGAAGAACAGCUAA